AUGAAACUCUCAAGUGACGAAAUGAUCACGGGAUCAUCAGAGGAGAGCGCUCAGCUGAGCUACAAUGCUUCAACCUGUCAUACUGGAAACGGGCGGGAACAGGCAUUGCAGCCUUUCUCGCAGAUUGGCAGUCCAACAGCUCUGGGUAUGGGCGGCUUCGCCAUUGCGUUUACUACUCUAUCAAUGAGUCUCAUGGAAUGGAGAAGUGCGGCUAUUACAAAUGCUUAUAUCGGCAACUGCUUCUUCACCGCCGGUAUGGGCCUGGUAAUGGUGGCCCAGUGGGAGCUCGUGCGUGGUAACUCCUUUGGGCAUACCGUCUUUGGAGGGUUUGGUUUGUUCAACCUAGCUUUUGGGGCGAUUAAUGCACCUGCCUUUGGUGUGGCGGAUGCUUUCAAAGAUGAUCCUGCUGCAUUGGAUAAUGCCAUUGGAUACUUUCUUCUCGUAUGGGGGAUAUUCGUUCUAUUCUUCACCAUAGCUGCAAUGCCAAUGAAUUUUGUGUAUACGGCCAUGCUUGGAACCUCCCAAAUCACCUACACUGUGUUGGCAGCCUCGUACUUCUCGAUGGCUGAUGAUCAUGUCUCUACUGGGGUCGCUUUGAAAAAGACUGCGGGGGCAUUCGGAUUUGUCUCCGGGCUGUUUGCAUGGUAUACUGUCGGACACCUGAUGUGUCAGGAUGCGCUCCUCUUCUCGUUUCCGCUGGGGGAUACAAGUUCCUUGUAUGCACGAUUGCGACGGAAGAGAUGA